CUAAAGAGCUGGGAUUACAGGCCUGAGCCCCUGUGCCUGACAAAUGCAGGCAGUGUGGAUCAUUCCUGGAGACCGCCUACUCAGGGCAGAGAUAAUUUUUCUCUGUCUUCUCCCAGUUCACUGGUCAUGGUCUCUGGCCUAAAGUCCCAGCAUAGAAUGUUCCUCUCCUGUGGAGUCCAACACUCUUUGCCAAACUGGCACGGUGUCUUCCUGGGAAGCAAGAAAUCACUGAGGGGCUGUCAGUUCCUGCCAGGGUGGUUCGAUGCUGUCCUUUCCUCUACUCCUUCCAUGGUCUGCGUUGGAAAAUGCGUGUUAGUUCAAAUUCAGCGAGUUCUCACUGGGGUGAACAUAGUCCUAAAAAUGCAGUUCAUAAAAAUCAACCACACAGAGAAGAAAAAUAAAUAAAUCAGUAAAGCAGCUCAGAAAAAUGCAGGUGUGGAGGGCCCUGGCCUCUGCACCCUCAUAGAGGGGCUCAACAGCAUCAACAGAAGGGGAGGGAGCAGAAGGUGCCCUGUAGACACCCAGAGGGGCCACCAAUGAGCAAACUGCCGGCUCCCUGACCCGCCCUGGGGCCCAGGGUAUUGACAUAAAGGAUGGCCUUGCCCUAUUUCAACAGCCAGUUCUCUGAGGGUCACAAACACCAAGGAGUGGAGGUCAGAAUGUCACUUUUUUGUUUUCUUUUUGAAAGAUCAUUUGAGAAACACGUCACUGGUAAGUUGGUUGAAGAUGUUUCACGGUCUCUUAUCAGCGUUUUUCUUUUGCCUAUGUGUCUCUCCCUGUCACAUUGCAUAUCCUGCUCUGAUCUGGGGGAUGUGUAUCCAGCCUUGCCAGUUCUUAGCCAGGUGUUUUACUGUAUUUGUUCUGUGCGAUGACCUUUCACUCACCUCUGUUACCUUCAAUAGAUCUCCCCCGCGACCAUGUCUUCCAUUAAGAUUGAGUGUGUUUUGCCGGAGAACUGCCGGUGUGGUGAGUCUCCAGUAUGGGAGGAAGCGUCCAACUCUCUGCUCUUUGUAGACAUUCCUGCAAAAAAGGUUUGCCGGUGGGAUUCACUCACCAAGCAAGUACAGCGAGUGACUGUGGAUGCCCCAGUCAGCUCUGUGGCUCUUCGCCAGUCGGGAGGCUAUGUUGCCACCGUUGGAACAAAGUUCUGUGCUUUGAACUGGAAAGAACAAUCAGCAGUUGUCUUGGCCACAGUGGAUAACGACAAGAAAAACAAUCGCUUCAAUGAUGGGAAGGUGGAUCCCGCCGGGAGGUACUUUGCUGGCACCAUGGCUGAGGAAACAGCUCCGGCAGUUCUUGAGCGGCACCAGGGGGCCCUGUACUCCCUCUUUCCUGACCACCACGUGAAAAAGUACUUUGACCAGGUGGACAUCUCCAAUGGUUUGGAUUGGUCGCUAGACCACAAAAUCUUCUAUUACAUUGACAGCCUGUCCUACUCCGUGGAUGCCUUUGACUAUGACCUGCAGACAGGACAAAUCUCCAACCGCAGAAGUGUUUACAAGCUAGAAAAGGAAGAACAAAUCCCAGAUGGAAUGUGUAUUGAUGCUGAGGGGAAGCUCUGGGUGGCCUGUUACAACGGAGGAAGAGUGAUUCGUUUAGAUCCUGUGACAGGGAAAAGACUUCAAACUGUGAAGUUGCCUGUUGAUAAAACAACUUCAUGCUGCUUUGGAGGGAAGAAUUACUCUGAAAUGUAUGUGACCUGCGCCCGGGAUGGGAUGGACCCUGAGGGUCUUUUGAGGCAACCUGAAGCUGGUGGAAUUUUCAAGAUAACUGGUUUGGGGGUCAAAGGAAUUGCUCCCUACUCCUAUGCAGGAUGAGGACAGGUCUUCUUUCCUGCCAGAGGGAGCUCUGAAGACAACUAGAGAAUUCUGGGCCUGAAAUUUCAAUCUAGUUAGAAAGAAAAAUGAGGCAAUGAUAUUAUUAACAGCGUUAAGUUUUAAUUUACAACUUUUAAAAGGCAGAGCAUUUUUAACAAGGGGUGACAAGUGGUUUUGAUAACACACUUAUAAGGCUUUCUGUAAAAGUACUAUAGAAGGGCGAAGAAUCGUUCAACUGUCAAUCAGCCUCUUGAUUCUUUGUAAAUUGCCAAGGUGGGUGGGUACAUAUCUCUUCUUGAUUCUGCAUUUCAUACUUAACUAUAUUAAAGCUUCAAGGAACAAUAAAUAGUAACCUGGUAAUGACC